ACUGAUAUAUGCUCAUCGAACAUCCUACAUCUUCCUGCGCCCAAGCGAAGAAGGCGAUCGGGACAACAAUGGCGGGUUCCCUCUUCUCUCCCAUGCCCUCCAGCCCCCACUUCCCCGUCUACACCGCUCACCGUCGCCUCGCCGUUUCCUACCGCGUCAUCGGCUUCUGCACCUUCUUCCAUGCACACCGGGCGGUGGUUGUCCGGGCGGCGACGCAACCUCCAGCCCCCGCCGGCAGCGACGACGACGCUGCGCCGGCCAACGAAGACGCCAAGAAAAAGAGAUCUGACGGUGUUCCAGGCCUACCUAAUCUUCCGUUCCCAGACAUACCCAUAUGGGCGAGAUGGGCUCUGGGCUCGGUAGUCCUCUUGGCUUUACCGUUCUACAGGAAGGUUUUAGGGAUCGAAGAGAAAGCGGAGAAGACGGCGGAGGCGAUACUUGGGGUGGUGGAGAAGGUGGCUGAGGUGACCGAAAAGGUAUCGUUGGAGGUGGCCGAGGUGCUGCCGGAGAAUUCGGAGCUAAAGAAGAUAGCUUUGGAGGUGGAGCACGUUGCUGAAGUCGUGAUCAAGGAUGCAGAACUAGCAGAAACCGUGAUCGAGAAGGUUGAUGGAGUAGUCAAGAACGUGGAAACAAUGGUUGAGCCCAUCGUCGAAGAGGUAAUUGACGGGGGCCAGAAAGGAAGUGUGAGAAGAGAGAGCACAAACUCGAAGAGAAAUGUUUAGUUAGUUGAAGAAACAAUUUGUCUAUCUAAAUCGUUUACCAUGUCAUGUAUUAUUAUUAUUAUAUUUGUCUUAAACUGUGAGAAUUGGUCUUUGUUAGGAACGUCGUUUAAUUGCUUGUGGUUUUGGUCA